AUGACCAUCUUUGUAGCAAGAGCGCGGUCCUCGCGGGCACUGCUGGGCACGGAAUCGUUCAUGUCUCUCAACUUUGGGGAUCAGACCUUCGGGCUGCGGGAGAUGGAUGACAUGAUCACGCAACACCACGUUGGGAACGGGCACCAGGGCCUGAACGGACUCGCCGCGGAUGGAGGCGUAGUAGCCGCAGGGGAACCGUCGGGUGACGAGAAGGCCUUGCUCAAUGGGAUAGCGAGGACGGCGGCUGCGGAGCAACAGAAACACGAGCUGCUGCCUCCUGCGCCCCAGGCACCGUCCUCCUGGGCCUCCAAAGUUCGGGCGGGGAUAGGCUCGGAGAGCAGUCCGACCCUCUCGGGGAACGGGGGCGGUAGUGUCGGAGUCGGCGGCGGCGGCGGCGGCGGUGACGGCAUGGGGCCAUCGGGGGGCGGCGGCGAUGCCUUGGGAGUGAUCGUACCGGGAGAUUUGGAUCCCGGGGUCGGGGAAGGGAUCCAAGGGCUGCCGCACGGCAUCGGACACCUGGGACCGCUGGCGUCGAGCUUGGGCGGCGGGGCGAUGGGCCCCGUCCACGGCUUAGACAUGGAGGGAGGCAUGCCGGGGAGAGCUUUGAUGACGCCCUCUGCCCCUGCGCGAGGUUCGGGGGUAGUGCAGGGCUUGGUAGGGGCAGGCUUGGGCAACGGGGGCCAAGCCAUCGGGCUAGAAGGCGGGGACGGGGCGAACGGGAGCGGUGCCUUGACGCAGGACUUCGCGGGGCUAGAGAUCGGAGGCGGAGGAGCGACGUUGGGGGCGCGGGGCACGGGCACGGGGGAGGCACAGAAGGGGUUCGAUGCUUCCAAAAACGAGCUUCUCGGGGACUUCCCGUGCGUUCGGCUGCGGGGGCUUGCGGCUGACACGUCCGUGAAAGACAUUCUCGACUUUUUCGUCGGUCUUGGGCCCGUUUUGGACAUCGUGCUCGAGGGUGGGGCAGCGGGCGGAGAAGUCGGGGCAAUCACCCUCUUCGGGACUCUGAUGGACUACCACGGGGCUCUGCAGCGGUACUCUCUGCAGAUCAAGGGUCGCUACAUCGAGGUGGCGCCGGCGAUACGGGCGGAUUACUACUCGGCUGUUAUCAAGAGGUCGACGGGGGGCGCCGCCGAGGUUGCGCCGACGACCCCCGCGGGGGUAGGAGGGGGAGGAGAGCAGGACGGAGACCCUGCCGUGCAAGGCCAGAAUGGGACUGUCGUGCACCAGUCGGACACAGCCUUGGCGAUGGGGAGCGCCAAGGCUCCGGGGCCAGCCGCCGCUGCAGGAUCGGCGGGAGACGCGAAGGGGACGGUGAUUCGCAUGAGGGGGCUACCGUACCGCGCGAGCAAGUCGGAGGUGAUGUGCUUCUUCAAGGGGUGUUCCAUCCCGGAGGAAGGCGUCGCCUUCGUGACCCGGGCGGACGGGCGGGUGACGGGAGAGGCGUAUGUGCGGUUUGCUACGCGCGAGGACGCCAAGAUGGGGCUCCGCAAGGACCGCGAGAUGAUAGGGUCGCGCUACAUCGAGCUGUUUACGUCUUCUCCCGAGGAGAUGGCCCGGUACGCGAACAGCAAGCGGUAGGGUUAACGUGAGCCGGUGGCGAGCGAUUCGCCGAUGCAUUCGGAUCGGAUCGGGUCGGAGACGGACGAAGUGGGUGGUGGACGUGUAGAUGAGAGAAAAUUCAAAGAGAAUGGCCCGUCCUCGCGUGAGAGGCUGGCGGGAAAGCAAUCAGGACAAAAAAAGUGUGUGCUGAGUGGAGAAACACGUGGGGGGGGGGGUGGUGGCUUGGACGCGGGGGGGCGGGGCGAGGCAACGUCGGGCGAGAGUGAAGAUGCUCUGAGUGCCCCACGAGAAGCGUUCCGCACUUGGAAAGUUUCUUGGCAAGGACGGAGGCCCGAAGGAGGAUGGAGAAAGAAUAACACCAAUAUGUUUUUGUCUGAAGGGAAUGGGCGACGGGUGCUGGAGAGUUAUCGAUUUAACCGCAGAAAAGCUCCGCGCCGGUGGUGUGAGAGACGUGGGGGUGGAGGCGUGGAGAGGCGUCCAGAGAAGAAGGCACGGAGCAAGAGAGGUACUUGAUGGUACAGACGAGCUGCUGACCGUUUUGUAGUUGGAACUGGCACCAUUUCCGGUCUGCGGGCAUCGGGGCGAAGGGGCGGUGGUGUAGGGGGGAAUGGCGCUUCACGCUUACUGUUGUUUCGCU